UUGCAUGGGUAGUUAUCGGAGGUUUCCCGAAGCGGCGAGGCUAUGAGGGGAAUGCGGUUGCUGAUUGAUAAGAUAUCGCUUCGCAAUACCAGUCCUGUCUUGCGCCAUCUCGGAUCCGUAUAGUCGAUCACGCAAUGCCGACCCCGUCCCGACGUUCAAAGGUUAAGAAGCUGGCUCCGGCUGUACGACAACGUGCGGAAAAUCAUAAUAAUUCUAUUUUUCCACAUUUAUUGUUGAGCCAUGGCAGACGAAUCGAAACUUCAGAUCGCAAUCAUCGGCGCCGGCAUUGCUGGUCUUGGUGCAGCUAUCGGACUAAAGCAUCACCCCGCCAUUGAUGUGCAGGUAUACGAAAAAGCUACAGAACUUAGAGAGAUAGGCGCGUCUAUCGCUCUUGGACCUAAUGGAAUGAGAACUCUGGAACGACUAGGCGUCGACAACGCUCUGGAUGGCGAAAUUGCUUUCCGUAACAAGUCAAAGUAUCCCAUGAUCUACCGUCAUUGGAAGACGAAUGAGAUAAUAUCAACUGAUUCUCACGCUGGCGAAGUCGAGUACCGUCACUUGACCGCCCGUUUCCAUCGGGCACAUCUCCAGGAAGCGCUUGCUAAACACGUCGACCCGUCCAAGAUUCAUUUUUCCAAGGCUUUCGAAUCCGUCAAUUUUGACCAAGCCAUUCGAAAGUUGGUAAUCACGUUCGCGGAUGAGACGACCGCUACGGCAGAUAUAAUUCUAGGCGCAGAUGGAAUUCAUUCAGCUGUUAGAACUUUCUUCGUCCCUACCUCCAGUACAGCUUGGACUGGUUGGGUAGCUUUUCGGUCCGUGUUUCCCUAUUCUCAUGUCGCCCACAUCAAGGAUCUUCCGGACGAGGCGAACCACUUCUGGGGACCGGAUAGGACGUUCUUCAUCUCAAAGCUCGGAAGAAACCUUUUCACCGUGGUUGGAUCGUACCAGGCCGACCCCGACGCCCCCGAUGCCCCUUACAAGGAUUCGACCUGGAAUUCGGAUGGCGACGUGGACACAUUGAGGAACUUUUAUAAGGACUGGUCACCGCUUGUGCGACAGAUUGUCGACGCGGUGCCUAGUACCAGGAUUUAUCCAAACGCGGCAGCACACCCACUCGAAACGUGGGUAUUAGGUGGCGGGAAGGUUACCCUAGCCGGCGACGCCGCUCAUGCCCACGGAGGCGCAUUUGCAGCAGGCGGUAGCCUCGCCCUCGAUGAUGCGUGGGCGUUUGUAUCGUCGAUCUUGUACGUGUUCCCCGAGAACGCAACUAGAAAGCCCAACGACGCGGAAAUACUCGAAGCCUUACGUAUCUAUGAGAAGACCCGAAAACCACACACAGAUCGCGUAAUGAGUGUUGUCCAUCAGAAUAAUAAGAAAAAGGUGGCGCGAUACUCGCAAGCUAGGGAUCUGGAGACAGACGAGCAACUAAGGACCCAGAUAAAGAACCGCGUAGACCCCAGUUGGAUUCACGAACAUGACGUUCAAGCCGCGUUUGUGCAAGCAGUUGCGGAUGAAACCGCCGAUCAAGUCUCGGCAGGGGAGCAGGCAAGAUUGUGAUUGCGUUCUUCUCUGAAGCCAUAUAGAUAAAUCACGAUGAAUUGCCACAACGUUAUCUCAUGAAAGCUUGUGAAUAUGUAUGUAGCGCGUAUUAAACGACAACGCGAAGUCUGCAGCCAAGACAUAUAGGAGGUACCUAGGUACCUACCUAUAGAUUCAUUUCGUCAAGGUCUCGUCUGACAUUUCAACAUACAU